AUGAUUAACGCGACUACAAAUCUCAAUACCUCUCCUAGUGCUUUAACGCAGUGCUUUGAUUCUGCUUUUUAUAGAUCCAAUUUAACGACUCCAACAAAAGUAACUUUGUCGAAAUCAAAAAGUCGUUUUGGAUCGAAUUUUAUAAAAGAUGCUCGCGCAUAUGGCAGUGAAUAUGAAGUCAAAAAAGCAGUAUUAGAUGUAUGUAAUAAUGGUAUGGAUGAAAAGGAACGAAUAACGGGAAUUUGUUCAUGGAAAAGGAUCGCUAUUUGCCUUUUUUUGUCGCUUGUCUUUUCUGGAUUUAUAAUUAUUUUUUUACUAUUAAGUAGAGAUCAUUCUCGUCAUAUAUUUGCGCAUUCAUCUCGAUCAGUGUUUCCAUCAGCGUCAGGGCCUUAUGUUGGUUCAAGGCGCGAUCUCAGGACAGAACAACCUCCUCCACUUCUAGUUUUACCUGAAAGUUUUGAAUUAGGUAAAACUGUCGAGGGCGAAUUGCCAUCCGGUGUUAUUAUUUAUACGAAGUUUUCUUUGCAACACGACAAUCGAAUAUCUUUUAAUAUAUCAAUGGGUCCUCGAGCUCAAUUUGUAAUUUAUGGAAGACAAACAGUUUUACCAUCGCCAACACUUUUCGAUUUUAGUGAUAUUGUCCGAGCUGAUCGUCUUCAUAUUAGGACGAAUUCAUUUCAGCGUUUUAAACGAUUUUAUCCAUCAACUGUGAGUUUACUUCCAGAGAUUGCAAACUAUCACCUGCUUUUAAGAUAUUCCCAAAAUUUUCAGUUGUAUCGAUCAGUAAUUCUCACGCAUUAUUUAGUUGCUGGACGUUGGCACCUCGCAUUUCUUAAUGAUGGACCACAACAUGAAUUAAUUCAUCUUUCGGUCAAUAUAGCAUCUGAAUAUAAAGGUGACGAAAAAAAGGAAAAUUGCCGACAUGAUUGUAUGGGUCGAGGAGAAUGUAGGAAUGGAAAAUGCCAUUGUUUUCCUGGUUAUACAGGUUCAUAUUGCGAAGAAAUCUAUGAAUUUUUAAUUUUUGCACUUGCGUCAGGAAUUCCUUCUUUAGAUUCUUGUCCUGUAUUAUGUAGUGGUAACGGAAUAUUUUCUGGUGGUCGUUGUGUUUGCCAUGAAGGUUUUAAAGGAAUUGACUGUGAUCAGUUAUCCCACUGGUGCGAAGUACCAAAUUGCAAUGGUCAUGGGUCAUGCAAUCAGAAUGGUGAAUGUGAAUGCGAUAACGGAUGGAAAGGAAAAUACUGUUCGGAGAAAGAUUGUGCAGAUCCAAAUUGUGGUGGAUAUGGUAUAUGUUAUGAUGGACAAUGUUUUUGUGCAUCAGGCUAUGGAGGCUUGAAUUGUCGGGAACUGCUUUCUGCAGAGCUAGCCUGUGCUCUAAAUUCGCAGCAUGCGAAUGAAAAAUUCGAUAAGGCUAAUGAAAACAUCGAUGCAUUUUGUAACUCACGAGGGCGCAUCGACCCAGAAACAAAUAAUUGUCGAUGCAUUCCAUCUUAUCACGGAGUUAACUGCCAACUUUCUCGUUGUCAAGUAGAAUGUGUACAUGGAUCGUGUGGCGAUGGUGUAUGUGAAUGCUUACCUGGCUGGACAGGAAUCGACUGCCGUGAACGGAAGUGCUUGACUGGUUGCGAAGAAAAGGGAUUCUGCAAUAAUGGAACAUGUAUAUGCAAUAAAGGAUGGAAUGGAGAAAAUUGUCAUAUACAAGGUUGUCAUAAUGACUGCAAUGGUAAUGGUGUUUGUCAACUAUUUGGUGGUAUAUGGAAAUGUGCAUGUGAUUCGUUGCAUUUUGGCGAUAGCUGUUUAUUACCAAUUGAAAAUGAAUGUGACGAUGGAAUUGACAACGACAAUGAUGGACUUGUUGACUGUGAAGAUUCGGAAUGUUGUAGACAUCAAAGUUGUACGGCGAACCAAAUGUGCACAGCUGUUUCACACCCAAAGGAUAUACUUCUGAAAUUGCUGCCAACUAUAAAUGCUAAUUUCUAUCAGCAAGUGAAAUUCAUCAUCCAACCACAUUCUAUUCAGCAAUAUGCCGACGAAAGACAAUUUAAUGAAAGUUUGGUAUCUGUGGUACGUGGUCGAAUAGUCGCAGAAAGCGGUACGCCAUUAAUUGGUGUACGUGUUGCUGAAGUUCGUCAUCCACCAUUGACUGGUUUCACUUUAAGCCGAAGAGAUGAUAGUGGUGGAAUAUUUGACCUGAUGGUUAAUGGUGGUCGAGUGGUUACAUUGCAAUUUAUGCGAAAACCUUUCGAAAAAUUGGAAAAGAGCUUCUAUGUGCAGUGGAAUGAAAUUAUUUAUGUAGGAGAUAUUGUUAUGCGAAUAGGCUCUCAGUUAUCACGAAAAAAUGAGGAGGAACACAGCAAAGAAUGCAGAUUAAUACAUUCAACACAUGAAAUUACUCCUGUUUUAUUUCCCUUUUGGCUUAUUAAUCAAUACUCGGGUCAAAUUAUUGCUUCAGAGAUGAGUUCACAAUUAUUGGUUGAUUCGUUAACUGCAUACGACUCCAUACAAAUACCCGGUACAGGCGAUAUUUUCUUGGUUUACGAUAGUUCUCGGGUUGAUAAAUGCCAAAGCAGUUUAUUGCUGGAACUGCUACCACAUGUGAUACCUGAUGCCCUCCGACUUGUUCAUUUAGAAAUAUAUAUUGCCGGAAAAUAUUUUCAUAAUGUGUUUUCGGCAAAACCUAACCUAACCUAUACAUUUGCAUGGGAUCAAAAUAAUAUCUACGAACAAACAAUGAAUGGACUUGUCAAUGCCAAAGUUUCGGUGGGAUAUGAAUACAUUGGAUGCGAUAAGGAUAUUGUUUGGAUUCGACGAUCCGUAAAAUUGGAAGGACGUAAGGCGAACCGCUUCAAUCUCGGAUCUUGGACAAUUAAUGUUCAUCAUCAUUAUGAUGUUAUUAACAACAUUCUUGAAAAAGGUGAUGGUUCGCGAAUAUAUCUGGAUGCGACUUCGCAAGUACUUACGACAGUUGUCGGAAAUGAUCAGCAACGACCAAUUAGUUGUCCAUUUUGUAACGAACCUGCCAGUAAUGCACGCUUAUUUCUUCCUCAAGCUCUUUGUACUGGUAGCGAUGGAUCAUUAUACAUCGGAGACUAUAAUCUUAUUCGAAAAUUGACACCAUCUGGCUCUCUCAUUACGUUGUUAGAAUUAAGCAUUUCUGAUACAGUGCAUCCAUAUUAUUUGGCUUUAAAUCCAAAAACCGACUCUUUAUAUAUCUCAUUGCCACUACGUCGACAAGUGUGGAAAAUCAAUAAGGAAGCUAAUGGUGAUCUAAUAUCAAAUUACAAUAUAGCUGUAGGUGAUGGAAGCAUUUGCACAGAUACACGAUGUGGUGACGAUGGUGCAGCUGAUAAUGCACAACUCAGCUUUCCAAAAGGGAUUGUUUUCGAUUUUGAAGGAAAUCUGUACGUAAUAGAUAGCAGGCGUUUAAGUCGAUUUAGGGUGAUAAACGGUGACAAUCAAAUACGUACUCUUCUAAUGGACCAAAAAUAUGAACCACGUUCUUGCACUGCAAGCAAUAUUAAUGUAACCGAUCUGAAACUGGAAUGGCCAACAUCUCUUGCAUUUGAUGGACAGUCGAACAGCUUACUAGUGCUUGACUCAAAUUUGGUCUAUCGAAUUUCUUUAUUAACGAAAAUUACCAGUAUAGUGAUCGGCUCUUUGCCUGAAUGUGAAUAUCUUAAAAAACAAGAUGGCAGUAUUAUUUCUUCUCAUCCACUAAUUGAUGCAAAAGCUAUAGCAGUUUCGCCAGAUUCAACAUUAUACAUUGCUGAAACAAACAGCAAACGGCUAAAUCAAGUUCGAGCCUUAACAGUCGAUGGCCGUUUACGGAUAAUUGCUGGUCGCCCAAGUAAAUGUGAUUGUGACCGUUUGAAUUGUCCUUGUGAAAAUGUUGUUCCAACAGUCGGACAUUCGUCUUUUUUGCAUUCCCCAGUUGCCAUAGCUGUCGAUCAGAGCGGAACACUCUUUAUAGCUGACCAGGGGAAUUAUAAAAUCAAAAGUCUUCAAAGGCUUCGAGCUUUUUAUAAUCCUGUUACGAGACAGUAUCGCUUAAACAGUGUGCACACGAAUGAAGUGUAUUUUUUCAAUAAAAAUGGUCUUCACGUUAGCACAAGAAGUUUACUCUCUGCACUUGAACUCUACAAUUUCACUUAUAAUGUUGACACCAACCUUGGUCGUUUAACGCAGAUUACUGAUUCUGGAGGUUAUUCACUUAGAAUACGGCGAAUAAAUGAUACUGAAACAGUUCUGGAAUCAUCUUCUGGGCAACGCACUAUUCUAACAUUUGACGGUUUUGACCGCACGUUGAUAAGAAUCACAUUACCAAAUUCUAGCUGCGUCAAAUUUUCUUAUUUAUCGGGACAAUUUUUACUUUCCAAAACAAUAAAUUCACAAAUUUGGUGGUAUGAAUAUGAUGAGCUGGGUCGUGCAAUAUCUCUGAUCAAUCCAUUUGGCCAGCAAAUCACGAUAGAAGAGCAACGUUUCGAGCAAGGACGACUUAUCACUCAUGUGUAUUUUGACGGCGAGUCACAUUCGAACCAUUCGUUUGCUAUCGAUGAAUUUUCUGAAUCGGGAUUCGAUAAUCGACGCGCCAUAUUAUUAUCUGAUGGAAUCGUUAUUGAAUCACUUGGCAGUAAAAUAUAUUUUGAUAGUGUAACGCAUCCACUUCUUGACCCUCAUGAAAGUGCCCUAUUAAAACGAAAAAUUUUACUUCCAAAAAUCGAUGAACCUCAUCGUCGAGAAUUAACUAUGCGCUUCGAAUGGCGUGGUUAUAUACGUCGUAAGAGUCGCAAUGAAACAAGAGAAUUGUCACGACGUGUUCUUCAGGUCGGAAGACGGCCAAGGAUUAACGGUCGAAAUUUCUUUACGAUCGAAUUCAAUCGCGAAAAGAAUUUUGACAUAGUUCGAAACAAUCUUGACGAAGAAAUUAUGUUUAUUGAGUAUAACGACGCUGGUUUAAUCGUUGCCGUAAAACCGUCAAAUCGGAUUCGCAUAGCACAUUUACUUUUGACUUAUGAUUUACAAGGUCGCAUUAAAAAGGCUAAAUGGGCUAACUCAACUAUAGAUUUCAGUUAUGAUCGCAGAAAUCGCAUUACGCAGUUAGCAAUGGGUCCUUCAGCGGAUUUGCUUCAAAGGAAAUUUUUAUAUGCGAAAGAUUCGCAUUCGGCGCCUAAUACUGUGCUUAUGCCUUCCGGUGAAAAAUAUCAUUGGAGAUAUGAUCUCUCUGGGCGUGUAAUCUCACUGAAAACACCUUCAGGCGAUAUACAGCAUUAUUCAGAACAUUCGGCUAUAAAUCGAUUAAUCAGAUCUCGCCAACCAUCAUUUACGAAUUCUUCAUUUCUUACGAGUUUUGUUGAUAAGAAUCUGAUGAUAGAAUAUAGUACUCCGGGUGGAACUCAUUCUCUUACUUUUCAACGCGAUAUUUACGGCCGUAUUACUCAAAUUAGUGCGGAUUCUGAUAAUAUUGUUUUGCAUUAUUCUCAAGAUAAUGGUCAAACACAGGUGGAUUCCAUUAUUACCUUACGUUUCUUUGGUUUCAUAAAAGACACUUUUCCUGAAGGUAUCCUGAAGGAUAUCCUAAAGCAAUUUUCCACUUGUUAUGAAUAUGAUGAUUUCUUUCGGAUUUCAUCUAUUGCUGCCUCAUUUGAUAGUUAUUCUUUGCCAGUUCUGCGCUUUGAGUAUGAUGCGCGAUACGGUCGACUUGCAAAAAUGGAAAAUUUUGCGUAUUUAAGAGAUGGUCGAACACGACGUUUAUUAGGCGAAUCGGUAUUAAUUGAAAGUAUAUACGAUGAAAUGGAUCAAGAAAAAAUUCGUAAAGUCAUGAUUGGUGACGAGCGAGUCUUGGAAAUGAGUAUUGAGUACCAUAUAUUAGGAUGGGUUGAAUCUGUUGAUUGGGUGAUUCUUGGCUCGAAGCGACCGUCUGAAAAAAGAAAUUAUAAUAUGGAUGGACAAUUGGUACAAUAUACAAUGGGUGAAGCAGAUGAUCAGCGAUGGACCCUGCAUUAUGAUUUGGAUGGACGAUUGAAGGCGUUCAACGAUAUUAAAGUGGUCCUUGGGCCUGGUGGUAUACCUCAAGUUUUCGGACAAGUAGUUUACAAUAUCGACGGAAACGGAUGGACUUUAAAACGUGGCGAUCUUUAUUUCACUGCUGAUGUAUAUGGUUGUAUUAGAAGAGCAUAUAAGGUGGGAUCGAUUGAUAUAGAAUAUGGUUACGAUGAACAACAAAAGGUAAUAUGGCGACGUGUUGGUGAUGAUAUCGUGCACCGAUUCUUUUACGCAUUUCCUCAUCGACCUCGUCUUAUUUCCCACUUUUUAUCACUGCAAGAUAAAUCUAUUUCUUCGAUUUUAUAUGACGAAAACGAUGUACCAGUUAUUAUGCGUCAAUCUGAUUCCUAUUUUUUAAUACUCACUGAUGCUGACAAUUCAGUCCGUUUUAUCUUUGGUUCCAAUGGUUCACUUGUGAAGGAAAUCAUUCGUAACCCACUUGGUGCUACAGUUUCCGAUUCAAAUCCAUCUUUCUACUUUCCUCUAGGAUAUUUAUCACAGUUUGAUGAUCCCACUGUUGGAAUUGUAAUGGUUGGAGAUGAUUCUCGUCCUUUGGACACUGUUAUUGGGCGUUUUAUGACUACGCCAGUUGCAUAUGCAAGUUCCUUAGUUGAUGUUUUCAAUCCUGAAUUUGAAGCCGAUCCAUACAAAUUGAAUUUCAUUCGGGCGAAUGUUCCUCGUAAAAUUCCCAAUAGUAUCGAUGAAUGGAUGCAUAAAAUGGGUUUUCAUCUUUCAUAUAUAGUGCCUUCGCUAUCUAUUGCACCAAAUACUGCACAGAUUGUCCGUUUCCUGUGGGAAUCGCCUGCUGAUCUUUGUUCACCAAUAUAUUCAUCUGGUCUUUCUGCUGCAUUUUGCUCAUUAUUGUCCAAGGCGAUACAUUUUAAACAAUUUUCAACUGUUGCAAAAUCCGGUAUGCUGCAAUUAUCACAAAUACCUCUUCUGUCUCCUAUUCAAAAAGUGGCUUACAGUCGGAAUGAUUCAAUUGGAUUUCAUGAAUUACUUUUCAUUCGCCAUCGCAAUAAUUCGGUAAAUUUUAAUGAAAUGGGAAGAUGGAAUUUUAUUUAUCAUGUUAUUUUUUCAAAAGUUUUGGUGGAUAAGCGUCAUGGGCUUUAUGUCUGCCUUUUGGCAAGAGUAAGGAUUCGGUCUCCAAAUCCAGACGAUUCAGAUGUUGUGAAAAUUCUUAACGGGCUUUUUGCUAAUUCAACUUUAAUUAAAAACGAUGAAUUUGGACUUUUGCCCAUAUCGUCUACUAUUCUUUCCGAGGUGCAUUUUGCUACUAGAUUAUCUCAGGUCAAUGAGGCAACAUAUAAUCAACUUAUGCCAUUUUUCAAUGUCACAACACAUAGUAAUGAACUUCAUUUAAUUGCUGGCAGAACUCAAAUAGUUUUGCAUCUUGAAGCGGAUCCGGAGCAUGUUCGAGCUGAAAUCAUUAGACAACGUUCAAAAUAUAUUGAAUCCUUAAUAUGGGAGAACGAAGCUACAGCAGCUCGUGAUGGUGCUCUUACCCGUUAUUCAUGGUCUCAGACUGAAUUAAAUGAAUUAAUCUCCAAAGGAGAUGUAGAUUGUUACAGUCUACUCUUCAAUCCUGGCCAUUCUAUUGCAGUUUUAUCAAACCAAAAGCUAUGGAAGUUUAUUAAAUCUAGGAGUUGA